AUGGGAAUUAAUAUAUCUGUGGAUAAAAACAAGAGAAACAAAACAGCAGAUAAACAUAAAAAACAAAAACAUACAAGAAAUACUGAGGGAAGUGCUGCUAAUAGUAAACAACAAGAAUUUAAAUAUAUCGAAGGUCGAAAGUUUUAUGAUGUUAAUGUUGUACCAUAUGUAAUGCCCGCAGAUACUGAAGAGGAUGAUCGUUUACAUCAACAACAUUUCACGCUCAAACACAUUUGUGGAGGAAACUACACGGCUCCGAUUGCUGAUAUAAUAAAACCUGGAAGUAGGAUACUGGACUUGGGUUGUGGUCCAGGCCAAUGGACACUAGAAAUGGCACAAGAAUUCCCACAAGCAGAAGUAUUCGGCAUCGAUAUAAACGAGGGUUUCCCAACUACUAUCAAACCGGCAAAUUCACGUUUCAUAGUCGGUAAUGUCACGGAACGCUUACCUUGGGAGGAUAACUACUUUGAUUUUAUUUGGGUACGAUAUUUGUUCGUUGGAAUUAUGGAUGCAGAUUGGCAGAAUUUAUAUCAUGAGAUUAAGCGUGUGUUAAAACCAGGCGGAAUACUUGAACAUCAUGAGUGUGAUGGACUUACCGUAAACCCUGGUCCGAAAUUUAGAAAAAUGUUUGGAUAUUUUGAAGGAGCAUUUAAUUCACGUGGUCUAUGCUUUCGAUUGGCGUGUGAACUAAGCCAACGAAUUACGAUGGCUGGAUUCGAAGAUGUACACUCAUCGCACAUAUCUGUAGCAAUUGGAAGACAAGGAGGUAAAAUUGGAGAGAUAUGGGCAGCGAAUUUAAAAGAAGGUACUUACGCUAUGAAACCUUGGCUCGCGAAACUUACCAGUUGGACAGAUAAGGAGUACGACUCGGUAGUUCAAUCUAUUUUCGAUUAUGAAAUUUUCGAAUAUGAUGAUCAUCAUAAUCAUCAUAUGGUAUGGGCUCGGAAAGCUUAA